AUGGAGGCGCUGAAGGUCGUCAAGACGUUUGUCCGGAGCGGCGACAGCUUCCGGCUCGUGAAGUGCUACGGCGACAGAGACGUGGUUGGGCCAACCACACGCAGGGUGCUUGUGUUGGACUCGUCCUUCAACCCGCCGCACAGGGGCCAUCUGGCGAUGAUCAAGCAGGGUGUGCUCAGUCUCAGCACGCAUGACGGCAUAACCACCAUCAACACCAACGCCGUGCUUCUUCUGCUAAGUGUGAAGAACGCCGACAAGGACAGCGUCAGCGUCGACGAGUACGCCCAGCGGUUGCACAUGGUCGGACUCAUGGCGGAGCACGUGUGCGCCGGACUCGGGUUGUCGUGCGGGGUGGCGCUGACCGACGCCAGUCUGUUUGUGGACAAGAGCCGUCUUGUGGCCGACUGGACGGGCCGGUCCAGCGGGGUCGACAACUUCUUUCUGCUCGGGUUCGACACCCUGAUCCGCUUCUUCGACCCCAGGUACUACAGGGAGCCGCUUGUCGAGGCGGUGGACCCGUUUUUCCGCCACUCGAAGCUGUGUGUGCUUUUGCGGGACGACAAGUCGAGCAGGAUGGAUCUCGCGGACCAAAAGAAGUACAUGCAGGACCUCCAGAACGGAGAAAUCGACGACAAAGAUAACAACAGGACCGCCCUCCCUGCCAGCUGGAGGGGAAAGGUGUUCUUCUGCGAGGCGAAGCACGAGUGGGCCAUCAGCUCGUCUGCGAUCCGCACCGCUGUCCGUGAGCAGGACCCAGUCCGCUGGCAAGGCAAGGUCAUUCCGACAGUGAGAGCAUACAUCAACGGCGCUUCUCUUUACCGAGAAUAG